CAGCGCACAAUCGAAGCCCAAAUCCCGAGCAAAUCGCAAUAAAGUGUCAUCUUCUUCGACUAUAAGGAAGCCCAAUUGAGUGUGGUUUUCUCGUCUAUCUAUCCAGUGUUUUUCUUGACUUAAAGGAAGGUACGAUCGAGCGACGAUGGCCUCCCUCUGCAGACGCGCGAUUUUCCAGCUGGCCAGGACGACCCGUGCCGUGCACGUGUCCGCCUUCCGCUUCAAAGCCGAGGAGAAGGACAUGCCCGACCCACUGGACCACGCCACCGGUUUGGAAAAAGCUGAAAUGCUCGCCCAGCUAGCUGGCAACGACGAUCCCUUCGACACCAAAGUUGUCACUCGUGGACCUGGAACCAAGGAUUGCCCAGAGUUAGUUGGAAGCUACUUUGACAGCCGCAUGAUUGGAUGUGUAUGUGAGGAAGAUCAAACUCAUAUCAACUGGAUGUGGCUCCAUAAGGGUCAGCCAAAACGCUGCGGUGAUUGUGGUCAUUGGUACAAACUUGUUGACAGACAGCCAAUUAAAGUUUAAAUGCUGCACUAGUCAAUUGUUUGAACCAUUCAUCUUAGAAAUAAUUCGUUAUAAUAGAUAAUAAUGAAGAAAAUCAAGAGAAACUUAUUUACAAUAAACAUCUAUGAAUUCUGAA